AUGACCUCGACCUCUGAGCUCACGUUUGUCUUGGGGCGCUUUGUCGUUCACGGGGCCCGGACUAAGGCGGAAGACUGGGACGCGGAACGCUACUCCACCAACGCAGCCUUCGUCCCCGAGCUAGGCAAAAACCUUUUGGACUUACUAGCGCCAAGGGUCGGGGAACGCAUUCUGGACGUCGGGUGCGGGGAUGGCGUCUUGACCGCGGAGAUCAAGGCCAGGGGCUGCAGGGUGGUGGGCAUAGACUUCGCCCCCGACAUGGUCGACGCGGCUGCCAGAAAGGAUAUCGAAGCGUACGUCAUGGAUGCGUCGGCCAUCAACGCCCCGUUCCUCCUCGCGAAGCUCUCCGCCCACGACCACAACGACAACUGCAGCAGCCCUCCCUCGCCUCCGUCCCAAACGACAGCCACGGAGGGAGAUCCCGCCGCCCCGCUGCCCCCCCCCCACAGAGAGGGCAACAGAGCAGAGAGGGGAGAGGCGCCAGUGGCGUUCGACGCUGUGUUCACGAAUGCCGCUCUGCACUGGGUCAGGGCGCCGCAGACUGUGAUCGAGGGGGCCAAGCGGGUCCUGAGACCAGGGGGAAGGUUUGUGGGAGAGUUUGGAGGCCACGGAAACAUGGCGGCGGUCCGAGUUGCCAUGCACGCUGCCUUGUGGAGGAGAGGGGUGGAUCCCUUGGCCGUUGAUCCGUGGUACUUUCCGACGCCGCGCGAGUAUCGACAGCUGCUAGAGGCGGCCGGUUUUAUCGUCGAUGACGUUUGGCUCGUGCCGCGGCCCACAGUCCUGCCGGCGGGAACCGGCAUGCGUGGGUGGCUUUCCACCUUCACGAAGGCGUUCCUGAACGCGAUACCGGAGGAAGCUUCAAGCAACCGCGGCACGACCAAUGAGAACGGUCUGACCCAGACCAAGGCCACGGUGGUCGACGAGGCCCUCGCAGCCUUGCAGCCCGCGCUGCGAGACAAGGACGGCUUCUGGACCGCGGACUACGUGCGCCUACGCUUUAGGGCACACCUUCCUCACGACAGCGCCAGCGGCACGGGAGUGGAGAGAACAUAUUAAGGCUGAACAUAAGGGUUUGCUCGUGUUGUUAGUAUUUGGUCCCGCGAAGAAGCGCGGACGAAACGAGUAGUGCCGUCAAGUUCUGGCGCGCUCUCCCCCUGGUUGCUUUUUGGCUGUUUGGCAGAUAGGAAGC